AUGGCUUCUGUAACAAAUCUCGAUAACGAUGUGAAUAGCAAGCGGGGUGAUAGAGUUACUCCGGCUGCUGUGGACGAAGUGAGGAAUUUCAUCGAGCAAUCAUUGGGAGAGAGUCUGCCAGAUGUUGGAGAUGAUCCAAAAUUUGGCACAUACAAUAUACUGGCUGCCCUGAAAGAUGGAGUAGCACUUUGCAAGCUCGCAGCUCUGAUUGAUCCUAUAAAAGUCCGUGGAUUCAAACCUAAAGCAACAAUGCCUUUUAUACAACGAGAGAAUAUCGCUUUGUUUCUUGGCGCAUGUGAAAAGCCACCCUUAAGUCUACCAGCGCAUGAUAGAUUCCUUACAGUUGAUCUCUACGAUGGAAAAGAUCCUGCGCAAGUACUUCAAGGUAUCGCCGCAUUCAGUAGAGCCGCAAAUCGAGUCGAACCUUCGAAGUUUCCUAAUCCUAUCGGUGCCAAAUCUCGUGGCGGUGUCCCGAGCCCGCAAAUUUCCGGACAAUAUCUGGGAACUGGAUUGAAUAAUAGAGGCAGGGAGGCUUCAACCACUAGCACUACAUCAAGUAGUUACAAUCCUACCUCUUCUUUGACGGCUUCAAGAACCGGCGGUUCGGACAGUGGUAGGAGAAGCCCUAGCAGGUUCGGCGCGCCUACAUCAUCUAGUUCAGUGAGUAGUUGGAGUAAGAAAUCCGAUGAGGGUGCCACAUCUCCAGCAUGGAAUAUUGCGCAAUAUGGAUAUAUGGGAGGUGCGAGUCAAGGUAAUAUGGGAGUUUCGUUUGGUGGCAGAAGACAAAUUACAAACGCUGGUCCGAAAGUUCCGAGUCUUGCUGAAAAGGAGAAGAAGCGAAGGGAAAAGGAGGCAGAAGAUGAACGAUCGAGGAUUGAAGCAGAAGAAGAGGGACGUCAAAGAGGUGUGGCUGAGGAGGAGAGAGCUCGCAUCGAAGAAGAAAGAAGGUUUGCCGAAGAAACCGAGAAGUUGCGACAAAAAACACUAAACGAGAAACGAGAAUGGGAGGAACAGGAACGCAAAUGGAAAGCAGAGGAAGAUCGCAGAAAGCAAGAUGAGGCAGAGGCAGAAAUUAGAGCUGCAGAGGAGCGGAAGAGACUGAGAGGUACUAGCGACACUCGAUUGCAAGGGCAAUUCCUCAGUCAAUAUCAAGCUGAGAACGGCUCAAAUAAGAAGAGCCACAGAACCGAUUCCAGCGAGGCCGACAGGAUUAGACAAUUGGAGCACGAACUGGCAGAAGCUCGAGACCGAGAGCGUCGUUACCAAGCGGAGAGAGUUUCAAAACAUAAAACUGGCGACCGGGAAGCCAUUGAAGAUCAUGAUUUGACAUUGCGACUAAAAGAAGAGUCAUCAAAAGCUCGACCGAGAUCUCGCAGCCGUCCCCGUCCACCACCACGAAAAGAUAGCGAUGAAACAUGGAGAAAAGAUGAACGUGACUACCUACGCAAACAAUGGAGCUCACAAAAUACUAGUGAAGAUGCAUCACCGCCAGUCAAACCUCCUCGACCAUUACCGGAACCAGCAGUAGCCGCCAUUAAACCUCAACACACCGGCGGAGCAAAACCUCUACCCGAUCCCGCAAGUUACACAUCCCCAACUUCUAAAGCCUCGAACCGCACCGACCGCUUCCUUUCCUCGAACAUUCCACCAGCCCCACCAAAACCAACCACAACUUACUCAAAUGAAAUAGGAACAUUCUCCAGCAACGCGGAACGCGAUGCCGAAGAUCGCCGUCGCAUCGCAUCUCAAACCAAAACUAAAGCAGGCGGAUGGGCUUCCAAAUCUCUAUUGGAAAAGGAAAUGGAGAUGGAGAGACAACGACAACAGGAAUGGGAAGAAAGUCAGAAGGAAGUGAAGAGCAAGGUCCCGGGAGGUGAUGGAGUGGAUGGAAUUGGUGGGGGUAUCGGGGGAAAGUGGGAUGUCAAUCAGUGGACAGGGUACACCGGGGGUGAUGGCCAGAAUAAAGGAACCCAGGGGAUUGGGUCAGGUAGAAGGCAAAUUGUGGGACCGAGGCCACCGUCUAAUGGAGGGGCAUAG